UGAAGAUGUUUAUAUAUAUCUAACACUACCAGCCAGCCGGGCUGGGCACCUAGUAGUACGAAGCAACAUUGACCUUGAAUUACUGGGCACGUCCGAGUCGUAGUACAUACGAUUUGAUCAUAUUGCGCUGUCAGUUGAAACUUUCGAUAAGACCAUGAACAACCAGUCCCUAGUUGUGACUGGCCGGAAUGUCUUGCUGCCCGGUUCGGAUCAGCCGCAGCCAGCAACGAUCACGGUGAACAUCGACACAGGUAAGAUCACGGACAUCCAAACAGUGUAUGCAGAACGAAGUCCGGGCGGAGAUGCAACGUUCAUUGAUGCAGGAGAAAAGUUUGUUCUUCCUGGAUUAGUCGAUGCCCACGUUCAUCUAAAUGAGCCUGGUCGAACGGACUGGGAAGGCUUUUGGACUGGUACGCGGGCAGCUGUGGCAGGAGGAAUCACCACGGUCGUGGAUAUGCCCUUAAACUCUAUACCGCCCACGACCACUUUACAGAACCUCGAGAUCAAGCGACAAACUGCACAAGGCCAGUGCUGGGCCGACGUUGGCUUUUGGGGUGGAGUUAUUCCAGGGAACCAGGCAGACCUGAAACUAUUAGUGGCUGCCGGAGUAAAAGGAUUCAAGUGCUUUUUGAUUGAAAGCGGUGUCGAGGAAUUCCCUUGCGUCUCAGAACACGAUCUCCAUGCGCAUAUGCAAGAGCUCCAGGAUCAAUCGACUGUCCUGUUGUUCCACGCAGAGCUUGAGGGUGAUUCCUGCUCAGUGAAAACCCACGAGGAGCACGAUCCAACAGCAUAUCAAACCUUCCUCUCCUCUCGCCCUCAGGAGCUUGAGGCCAACGCUAUCUCUCUGAUUACCGUCUUGCAAGAGAAAUACAGCUCCCUUCGUUGCCACAUCGUUCACCUAUCUGCAUCUUCUGCUCUUCCUAUUAUUCGUGCUGCACGUUCUCGUCGGUUGAAUCUGACGGUGGAAACAUGUUUCCAUUAUUUGUGCCUCUCAGCGGACGACAUACCAGAUGGCCGACCUGAGUUCAAGUGCUGCCCCCCUAUUCGUUCCGAAUCAAACAGAGAUGCACUGUGGGAGGCAUUAAUAGAUGGUACCAUCGACUGUGUGGUAUCCGAUCACAGUCCAUGUGUAGCAGAGUUGAAGAAGUUCGAGGAGGGCAAUAUCAUGACUGCCUGGGGAGGCAUAAACAGUCUCGGCUUUGGCCUUAGCCUUCUAUGGACAGAAGGCCAAAAGAGGGGCAUUAGCCUGCGUCAGAUUAUUCGUUGGACGAGCGAAGAAACCGCGAAACACGCUGGGCUUUCAUCAUCCAAAGGGCAAUUAUCAGUAGGGUAUGAUGGCGACCUCAUCAUCUGGGACCCUGCAGCCGAGUUCAAGGUGUCAAAGGAACUUUUCCACUUCAAGAACAAAUUCUCCGCAUACGAAGGGAUGGUGCUAAAUGGAGUUGUGCAGCAAACGAUUUUGCGCGGCCGCGUGGCCUACGAUAGGGCGCAGAACGGCUUUGAUGGUCUUACCCCCAUCGGCAAGCUCCUGUGAUUCCCAAUGAUUAACGAGGGGCUACAGUCUUGUUGAAUCCUUCUCCCUCAUUCAGCCCAAGUAUUGGUGUUGUACGAUCUGUUAUACCAGUCAUAAUAUUUCGGAACGCCGUCCGUUACAAGCACGGAGCUAUUAUUAUAGUAUCAUCAUGGAGCACGCGUACUAUAAUUAGAACCCCUGAGCGUGUUGUUGUACGUA